GAGUCAAGCAUUUGCAGCGAUUUACGAAGAUGACGAGGGCGAAUAGGUAGACACAACUAGUAGCGAUGCGAUGCUGGCGUUUCUCAUCAUUGUGGACCUAUCGGUCAAAGAAGGAGCACACUACUCGGUAUAAAGUUAGCAACUCACAACGAUGACAAGAAAUGACGUGCCGAGCGAUCAAGGACCUAAUAAGGUGAUGACGUUCUACGCCAAGAAUGACAGCACUAAAACGCGAGCCACGAAAAUGAUCAGGCCCCUGAUUAUCCUAGUGAUUACCCUCGCAGUAGUCAAGUCCUGAGCUACCCCAAUAGGGUGAAUUCACACACAACGGCGCCGCCGCUCAGAGCUUGGGACUACAAUCAUCACGAACAUAAACAGGCCGCUGAUUGUCCUAGUGAUAGUCAAUCGCUCACACUUGUAGCCAAGUCUUUUUUGAGACCUCCACCACCAUCUACUUCUACAACUACCUACGUAGAGCCACCAUCUACUUUUAGAACUAGUUUUGUAGAUUUUUAAGACCGCCAUCUACUUCUGAGACCACCAUCUACAACUUCUGUACGAAGCGUAGUUGUGGCGCACAUCCCGAUUCCGCUCUCGCCCUCUAUAAGACAUUACCCUAGUACCGCACUUGUGCAAUUUAUCAGCAACGGCCUACUGUCCGACCCGGAGUGACACAAUAAAAAGACACUUUCCAUCAUUUCGAUUGCAGCUUUAGCUUUUUGUGAACGCUUUCCACUUGGGAAAAACAAAGAUGGCGAAGUUCUGCUGUGGCUCCCACCUCGUGAAGCGUGUUUUGUUCUCUGCCCUUGUCUGGUCGUCCCAAGUGGACCAGAACGCGUCACUGUGCGCAGUGCAGGCCCUGAACUGGUCGUUCUUCACUAAAGAAAAAACCGUCCCUGCAACGAAGAAAGUGCCGUUAAGUGAGACGAAUGACCUGCUGGAGAAGUUAACGGCCGCGUCCGGGGACAUUAUGAAAAAACUCUCAAUCGGUACACUCUCAACCAUAAUAAAGUGCGUGAUUUUUUGCCACACAGAAUCACUGUGACACGACAAAAGUGUUACAGUAUACACAUUUCUUGUUGUCAAUUACAAUUUAGCAUCACAAAUUUAUCUGCAUGAGAGACUAAACUUGCAUUGCAGAAAUCCGACGGGAUAACACGUGGGAAGCAAGGCUUUUAUGCAUAUUAUCCGGCAUGACAGAGCUUGUUUGUCUUACUAUGCCUGCAAGAACACAAUGUGUAAUUGUAGCACUUUUUUCUUGCGAUAAAUCACUAUCACGCUUCGAUAAACCAUCAAGCUUCAUCUCGUGAAAAGAAGUUUUCACGACACGCUAAAUACAUCCUGUGCAAAAGUAGCGCACUCGUAGGAAGUUAUUGCAGUCAUGCACUUUAUCAAUCUUUCUCUUAAGGUAAAUCCGCACUACAAAUUUUAUUUCUCACGCUUAGGAAAUAAAUUGUAAAUGCAUUUAUACGAGUGCGAUACAUUUGCAAUUCAUAAAAUAGGAUUAGAAUCCGUGGUGCUGAAUCUGUAAUGCAAGAAGCGUAAAAACCUGCGAUAGCGAUGCUCCCUUUCAGUUUUGAUAUUCCAGCAUAGCAAACUCGUAUUUGCAACAGUAGAGAGUGUAAAGUUUGAGAAGGCCAUAGACAUCCUCCCCGAAAUCCAGAAGAUAUUGCAAUGAAAAUUCCCCCUCCCCAUAUCGAAAAGGCACGUCCCAGAAAAUUUGUCAUGCUGAUUUGUGACCUCAAAUCGUCUCUGUCUUGCAAGAACGCAACCGCACAGGCUCUGCCGCACUCUGUUGGCGGUUUGUGAUGCUGCUGACCCUACAGACUACAAACACGUUUGCCAUGCUCAGCGCCUAGCUCAAAGCUUCCCAGUUCGGGCUUGGUAUAGUCCUGCCGUCCUCUCCAGCAAGACAAAUCUGAUUUGUGUACGCAAAUCCAGCAUCAGAAACUUCGUUUUGAUAUGGGGAGGGGGGAUCUUUCCUUUUGAUCGAAGAGCCAGGAGCUUUUCCCGAAGAGUGCGGCGAAGCUACAGGAAUUAUAUCCUCAAGGCCCAUACAAUAUGCAAGAAAAAAACUGUGUAAGUGUAAAUCUGUGAUGCAGAAAAUGCAAAACAGUAACACUUGUCAUGCUGGAAGUGCGUCAUAGGCUACUAUCAUACGUGUUUCCACGUACCUAGCUGCGCAUGACAGGUUUUCCCUGUAAUGCAAAACGAAUCUGUGAUGCUGCUCUUGCGUACAAAGUUACACCUACACAGUUUUUUUCUUGCAUAUACAACCGGGAACACCUAAUGCAGCUUUCCCCUCUCUGGAAAGAAAUCAAGAAAGUAGAGGAGAAGCGCAAACCGAUUUUGCGGGAGCUCGACGAUUUAUCCGCACGAAAAAUGCGAUCACUGAUCCACGUCAGAAAAAUGAACAGGAGGCGCGCCACCUGCUUCACUUCUGUUUUUGAUGUGAGGUCUCUGAAGAUGAACAGAGGGCCUCCAAACUCCUGGAACAAGAACUCGCCACUGUUAAUAGAGUCAAGCUUCUUGUUGCUUUUUAUUUUUUACGUGUAAUAAAUUAUAUCUUUUGCAAAAAAUGUGGAUCAUAGGGCGUGUUCGCAAUGCAUACAGAGCGAAGCUGAAGUAUUGGAGCUCGGAGGACGGGAAAAAACGAAAGGAAGGAGCACUCCAGAUGAAGGCGUUUCUGAAAGAUAGAAAAAAGUUGAAAUUAAGCGAUGGUGUCUGGCGAAUCCGAGCGCUUGCCUCGGUACUCGCCAUGAUGGAUUCGAUGUCGGCUGAGCACGUAUCGUAAGGAAAAAUCCCCCCUCCCCAUAUCGAAAACGUAUCCGUCUGAAAAUUUGUGAUGCGCAUUUGUAACCUCAAAGUCUUGCAAGAAGGCAAGUCCAGAAAGCGCUCCGCAUUUUGCAGGCGGUUUGUGAUGCUGUCGGGCUUAGAGCAUACACGUUCGCCAUGCUAGGCGCCUCCGUCAAAACCUCUCGACUAAGGCUUGGCAUAUGCCUGCAACUCCUCUACUGCAGGACAAAUCUGAUUUGUGUUCGGAAAUCCAGCAUCAGAAACUUCGUUUCGAUAUGGGGAGGGGGGGUUUUUCGUUUUGAUAGCGCGCCGAAUGGAAGCUCGCGAAUCUUCGUCGGAAACUUCAACCCCUCAAUGCUAGACUAUCACAGAGGAUAAAAAAUGUUACACGGUUGUAGCGCCAUUAUAUGUAAUGACUUUUCGCAGCGCAAUUUAGCGGCGCCGGCGAAACAGAGCGCAGGACUCAAAUUUAUUUUUUUAUAGAAGCGCGCAUGACGAUGAUCUUCACUAGCUGGACUCAAUUGGUCAUGCGUGAGGUGAACUGCAAUCUGUAAAUACAGCCGCUCAACACGUGUUCGACACUUUUGCUCUGGUUGAUAUGAUAUCAAAUGCAAAAGAAGUGUCUGGGUCUGGAAGAUUUCUAGUAGAUUUGGCAUGCACAUUUUCCAUGACCCAUGAUGUCUGUGAUCAUGCAUGCCGCAGCGUCACAGAUUUUAUUUUGAGGGCUUUGCGAUGCCCCUACUGCGUGAGAGGCGCGGCCCUCUCCGCGUAGCACAAACUGGAGUCCUCUUGCUGGUCAUGCAAUGCAGUUUUUUUUUAGACUCCAAAGACCACAGCAUCACAAGUUUAGAAUGUUCCCGACCCGGACGUAUUUGCAUUUGAUACAUGAAUUGAACGAACUUCAGCCAAAGGCAGACGAAGAGUUGGCGAAGAAGUUGGAGAAGUUUAUCCACCCUUUACAUGAUAUGGAACUGUCAGGAUCGAAAUCAACAAAAUCGAAAUGAUUUGUGAUGCAUAAAAUCGAUACCAGUUGGAGCCUCAGUUUCCAAGUGGCGCAUGACAAAUUUCGGGAGCACCAAAAGCCACUCUGUCGCGCUGUUUGGGCAAAGAAGACUGCUCCUGUCAUCCUACUCUGGCAGCACAUCGUCUUCCCCGAAACGGGCUUCGAAUCGGUCUCAUUUGCCUGCGCCCCAACACAGGAGACCUUGCGCGGGCUACAUUUCAUGCAUUACAAGAAGUUUUUCGAUUUUGACGAUUUCGAUCCUGACACUCCCAUACGUGAUAAGGAGCACCUAAUUUCUCAAUGCCCAUCCUGGGAGGAAAUCAAGAAAGUAGUGGAAUUACGCAAACAGGUUUUGCGGCUGCUCGACGAGUUACUAUCCACACGAAACACGCGAUCAUCACGUCCACGGCAGAAAAAUGAACAGGAAGCACGCCACCUGCUUGUUUAUGGCGUUCUCAGCUGUUACAUCCUCAGCUGUUACAUGAAUUGGUCAUGCAAAUAAACGAGCAUCUACAUCCACAAGGUGAGCAAGCUACUUCGCAUGACAAAUUUUGGAAAGGCUAAAUAGCGCCUAAAUCUGUGCGGAAUUUGUAAUGCUACAGGUACAACCUCCCUGCUUUGAGUUUUGACGUUCUUGCAUCGCAAAUCCAUGUAACAGUUGAGAGUAUAACAGUUGAGAGUGCCAUACUGUUCACUUCUGUCUUUUAUUUUGGGGUCUCUGAAUAACUACAGGUGGCGGCCAAAUUCGUGAAACAAGUCGCCACUUUUCAUAAGAAAGUAGAACAUCAAAGUGCUUGCUUUCAUUGAAAAUAAGUUAAUCUUUUGCAAAAGAUGUGAAGGACCACGUGUUCGCAAUGCAUACAGAGCGUCGGCGAAGUAUUGGGAAACGGAAGAAGGGAAACGCGCCUCGACGGAUUUCGGCGCCGCUUUAAAGUCUACUCUCCAUGCUAGUAAACUAGGGCUACUCCGAAGCCCUGAUGACAUCAAACUCGGAAUAGCAUUCGUGUCAUUCGCGGCUCCAGUAGUCGCGAGGACGGAGAUUGCUCUUGAGGAUGAGGUCGAGGAGACGCUCAAGCGUCUUCGUCGGGGUCUUGAGACCGUCGAUGCCGAAUUAUCACAGACAAAAAAUGUUAUACGGUAACGGCAUGAUAAUUUUUCGUAGCGCAAUAGCGGCGCUGUCGGACGAACAGAGCGCACGGCCUAAAUUUAUUUUUGCACUGCAGAGAAGCGACGCGCCGCAUGGAUGGUCUUCAUUAGAAGCUGGAAUUGGUCAUGCUUGAGCCCCCGCCUGACUGUAAUCAAUCUGUAAAUAAAGCCGCCGUUGACGUGUUUAACAAUUUUGUUCUGGUUGAUAUGAAUUGAACGAACUUCAGCAAAGUUUUGACCAAGAGUUAUCCUGAGUAAAAACGUACCCACACCACCAGAGUCAGGAUGAAGAUUUUGCAACACAAACCUAGGAGUUUUGUGAGUCACGCAUGACAAGUUGCACUAUGCAGCGUAGUGCAGGUUAGCAAGUGCAGCCGCAUCACAGAUUCAUCUGCUCAUCCUGUUCACAGCAUCACAAAUUCCCAAACACGAUUGGAAAUGGCUCUCAUGGGGAUGCGCGUCACAAGUCUUCCUGUCUUUGCAAAUCUGCAUUACAACUCUGGCGUGGGUACAUUUUUACUCAGGAUAAGAGCUGAAGCAGGUGUUGGAGAACUGGGAGAAAUCCGAGGGAACAACUCAUCCGAAAAUAUGCUACAGAAAACUUGUACACCUGCACCAGAAAAAAGAAAUUGCGUUCUUGCGGAUUUUAGUAGUUUCAGGCUUAGAUGCAAGACAAUGGUUUAUUGCUGGUAGCUCUCUACUGAUCACUCCUACGAUGCAUUGAUUGUUUAUCUGCAGACUUUGGCACUCAUCAGAAACUGGCAUCUAGUACUUUUGUGGUCUCCGCAUCAUAAUUGAGUUUUUAUUGGCGGUGCCAAUUUACAAAGCGCAAAUUUGUUUUUUUGUGUGCGAUUGGUGUGCUUUUCUCAGGGAUACUAGGGAAAUGACGGGGACGAGGCUUCCUCAAAUAAAGCCAAACGGCCGGCCCCCAUCUUGUAAAGAUAAACCUCGUGCAGGUUGACAUGGUGGGCGGAUCAAAGGAGGUGAUGGGCGCCACGCUCGCCUGAAGUUUGCUCCGUCACACGUUCGGGGCUUACUCGGAAGCUGUUUGAGGUUGUGCAACUGAGUGUUUAAGUUUACGAUUACGUGCGUACAAUAGAAAGACAAGCUUUAGUCGACGUCGAAUAAUUUGAACAUACUUGCUACAUGCAUUUUUACAAGCUGACGCAAAUUUUGCGUAUCUUCGAAGUUUCCGCGUGUUUAGUUUGGCAUCGGUCCGUGCGAAGCAUUGCAAGCUAGCAAGCAUCUGUGCAUCUAAACGCCAGUACGUACAAAAGAAAGAGCUUGUGGACUUUGGCGCUUUGCUGGAGCUUCCUUACGGUAUACGUACGUUGUAAAAGACCCUCAGACAUUUUUUUGGUUUAAGGUAAUUUGCAGCUCUCCUUAUUUUCUUUAUGGCUCAAGGCCAAAAAGUAUUUCCAUUUGACUGAAAUCAAUCAUUAUUAUAAGACUUUUUGAAAAACGAUCCUUUUGAAAAACCAAAGCGAUCCUUUUGAAAAACGACCUUUUCAAAAACGUCAACUGUUGCUUAUAUUUUCAAAAAACAUCUUUUUGUCUUACGAAGAACUCUGUUUUGGGCUAGUCAGCUUGGACGUCAGGGCACAAGGAAGCAGGUACAGUGACACAGCCGCCAAGACAUAGCAGAGGCGAACGAGGUCGAAGACAGCGCCAGCCUCUUGAAAGCCCGCUUUCUUUGCGUAGCAAGAUCGUGCGCUCCCUGGCUGUGUCUUCCCAAGCGUGACGGGAUGGGGCGACUACGUACCAACGAGGAUGAGGAGCCUCGGCUUGCCAAAACAUCAUUGCAGAUGGCCCUGCAGUGUUGUUGUACAAGUCCUGAAGACGCAUGUUGAUCUCAAUGAACCGCGGUGGAAGAGGGGCAGAGCAGAAUCCGAUCUUAUUCCUCCUUUAACAGCAGGAUCUGCACUUCUUCUCUUUGAUUAUGGUUUAUACUAGAUCUCAUACAAUUACAAAAAAAACAUUAUUAUAAGACCAGUAAAUGAAGAUGAAGAAAUCCCCAGGCACGAGAGAAAGAAAGAAAAAGCCAGUAAAUGGGGGCUUUUAAAUGAGAUACUAUAUAUUAGCCUGUAACAACAGACUUGCGUGUAUGAUAUUUCAUUUGGUCUCCCCGAAGUCAGGCAGCAGCAUCCGCUAGAGUGCAGGAUGCGCGAAGUGGAGUGUCGUCAGCUCCAAGCCGGCGACGUCCCACAUCGAAAGACCGCAGAAGUUGUACAGCUACAACCUAUCAAGAACAGUUCUUCGCUUUCAGCGAAAACAGAAGCACUGACGCUGCCAUGAUUUUCAAGAACAUG